AUGACGGAUUCUGUGAAUAAAGAACUUAUAAAACGAGUACAGUCGUCUCUAUCUAAACAUAUAAAUAAACCACAGCUAACUGAAAAAUUACUAAAUAGACCACCAUUCAAAUUCCUUCAUGAUAUUGUAACAAAUGUAAGUAAUAAUUAAAUUAUUAUAACCUAAGUUUUCUAUGUAAUAAUUAAUAAUACAUAAAUUUCUCUUUGUUAAGUUUUUAAAACAUUGCACUUUAUAUUUUUUUGUUGUACCUAUAUGUACCUUACUUUUGUAAGUAAAAUAUAAAUAAACUUGGUUAUAAAUAUUUAAAAAUUGAGUGCAUUGAAUGUGGAUUUAAAUUAUUAUCUUUUAAGGUUUUCUAAUGAAUUGUUUAAACUCUUUAGGUGAUUCGAAACACUGGAUAUUUAUCUAAUGUUUUUACUGAAGAAGAAAUUAUUUCUACAAAUAUUACCACCAAAGAAACUAAAAUUAUUUUUUUAGAAAAACUAAUUAUUGCUAUUGGUAAGUACUAAGUCUUGUAAUAUUGGUAUAAAAUAAAUACAUUUUCAUCAUUAAAAAAAAGAUAGGUACACCUACCUAAAUAUUACUUUAUACUCGUACAUGAUGUUGGCAGAUGAUAUUGUUUUCAAUAGGAGGAAAUUUGAAAAAUGUUAAUAAGUAUUCUAAUAGAUAUAAGAAAUGUACAGUAGUACUUCAAAAAAAGGGACUAAGGAUAAGUAUAAGUUAAGCAAAGUAUAUAUAGUAUGAGUUUGAAGGAAGAGCAUUACAUGUUGAUGGGACAAGUUAAGUUAUAAUAAGCAGUAACAUAAUAGGCGAAAUUGAAUUUUAAGUACCUAGGAUGGAUGUAUCAGAAUUGGUUCCCAGGCUCAUAUUGGAUGGAUCAAGUGGAGAGAAGGUGUUUAAUAUGACAUAAGCAUUCCAAUGAGAUUUAAAAAUAUAUUUUACAAAAGUGUGUUGUAAUCUUUUUUUCUUACAUAUUUCAGUGUUGGGUGGUAGACAGAAAAAUAGAACAGAGAAUGAGUGAAGUGGAGAUGAGAUUACUUAGAUAGAUUAGUGGAGAAAAGUUAGGGUAAGGCACGAGUACAUAAGAGGUAUGUGGUUCCGAUAGUGGAGAAAAUUAGAGAAAAUAGAUUGAGAUGGUUUUGGUAUGUCAUGAGCCGGGUUCGAGACUUAUAGCAUUUGCUUAUUUGUUUAGCCUAACAUAAAAUCUAGCACUGUGCUAGGGAAACUCAUAUUAUGUUACAAUGAUCUCAAAUAUAAAAUUUGAAAAUACUUUUUUAUAAUUUACUUUGAUUGUUUUUAAUCAAAUUGCUUUUUUCGAGUUUUUUAAAAUUAUUUUUGCUUUUUGUAUAUUUUUGCUUACUUAUGACAGGUGCUACUGACAAAAACCUAGACAUCUUAGUUAAUUUCUGUUUUUGUUUUUUUUUUUGUUUUUAUUCGUGGUGAAGUUAGAAUUAAAAAUUAAUUAAUUCUGGGACUACUAGUAUUUGCUCGCUUAUCUCCUAAUCGGGACACUUGUCCCUGAUGACAGUACGAUUAAAAUUACCAACAUUGUAAUAUCAUUGUAUUGUGGAAAAACUAUUUUUUAUAACUAAACUAAUUUGAUUUAAAAUUUAUUUCUAAAUAAAAAAAAAACAUUAUAUGAAUUUGUGUUUUUGGCUGUGCCUUUUUUUGCUUGUUUUACCAAACGUCAUAUCUAAAUAAUUGGUGGGGACAAAAUGUCUAAACGUCUGUGAACUGGUUUUUAACAGGGGUGAAAUGUCCAUUUACUAUUAAUUAACUAUUUGUACAAAUUAUUUUGUUGACAACACUAUUGAACUAUUGGUGUAUUGCUUAUAACACUGUUACCAAAAUUUGUAAGAAUGGAAAUGAUAAUAUACGUAAAGAGAAAGAGGAAGAUCAAAAACAAGGUGGUUGAAUGAAUUUGAGAAUAAUAUAUAUACAAUCAGUGUAUAGAGGGUGAUGUGGGAGAUUUCAUUAAAUGGAAAUAUAGGAUGAAAGUAGAUGUUGAAUGAAUAAUUUUCUUAACUGAGUUUUAGUGCAGUCCAUUAAUUUACUUAUAAUUUGAUUAGGGAAAGGUAAAAUAUAUCAAAUGAUAUAUUUUAAAUGUAGGUAAUUGAAAUACUGUUCAACCAUGCUUAUAUUACAAGCAUGUAUUCAGAAUCAAUUGUCAAGGGGUUUAAAAUUUGUUUAAUACAUAAACUUAAAGUUUAUAGUCUUUGUUAUAUUAUAAAUGUAUAUCUACUUUUAAAACUUUGCUUGUGGGGGGGGGGGUUAACUACUAAAAUUCUCCCUGUAUAUGGGCUUGUUUUAGUAUAUACUUAAAUUGUAACAAUCCAUUUUUUUCAGAAACUACAACAAGUAAAACAGUAUCAGCAAAACCCACAAAAAUUGUUGCAGGACUUGAAGUGACAAAAACCUUGGAGCUCCUAAUGACAAUUGUUUUUGGAAUUGAAACACAAGUAAACAAAUUAUGAAAAUUUACUUAAAAUAUUUUAAUUAGAAAAUAAAAAUUCAACUGAUCAGGUAUUAAAUAUUAAUCAAUUCUGAUUUUUAAAUAGAUACCCAUCCACUUGAUCCACUAAAUUGAGUUUAUUUUAAAAUUAUAUAAAUAUUUAGUCAGACCAGGUACCUAAAAGUUGGCUAUGGUUUUAGUUCAGUAAUCAAAACUAAUAUUAGUAUUAUUUUUAUCACAGUUGCCUCUAUUUCUAGAAACUUGAAUCUCAAGGAAUUUAUAUAAAAUUAAUGAAUUCAUUUUAAACUUCAAUGCCUAUUUUAAUAAAUAUUAAUUAUUCAAUUUAAAAUAAUAACUUUUCUAUUGAUUUAUUAUUAAAUUAAAUAUUUGAUAAUUAAGAUAACUUAAAAAUGUUUUAGCGCAUAUUACUUUUAUACUUAAACCAUCCUAAAAGUCUAAAUGAAAUAUGGGUUCAACUAUACAUUUUUAAAAUUAGAAAUAAUUUUAAUAAUACAAAAUUUUAAUUAAGGACUAAUAUUUGGUUAAAAUCAAUUCAACUGUUAACAGACAAAAGAUAUAAUAAUUUAAUAUGGGAACUAUUUAAUUUAAUUUCAUUCCAUAUUAAUAUUAUGAACCCAAAUUCUGCAACUGAUCAAGACUGAUUUAAAAUAUAUGUUGCUACAGUAAUAUUUUCUACAUCUUCCUCCAAAUCACUUUCAGAUGAACUUGUGGAAUAUGAAUAUUACAUUGUUAAAUAUUAAAUACCUAUUCACUGUAUAGGUAUACCAUUCACUUAAUUUGAAUGAUAUUGACACUGAAAAUACUUAUAUAGGUAUUAUUUUAACCUAUUUAUUGUGUGUGAUAUCCCUCACAUUUUAUACAAUUUUCAUAGUAUCAUAUUACAAGUAUUACUACAGAGCACUUACACAUGCUCCAUCAUACCUUAUUAGAAAUAUAUAAAUUAAACUUCAGAAACAAAAUGAAGGAUGUAAUUUGCACCAUGUUAUUGUAGUAGGUAUUAAAUCAUUGCAGUCAAAAAAGGAUUAUAGAAAAGUAGUAUUGUUUUGUAAUGUUUUCUCAAAAAAUUAUUCAAUAUACCUAUCAUUAAUAUUUCUUUAUUCAUAAUAAAAGUAAUAGUUUUAUCCCUUUCAAUAGGUCUUUUUUAUAAUUUACUCCACAAACAUUCUCUAUUUUGAAUAGAAAUAAAAUCCUGACGAUCCAUUCUUUGAGUUUUAUAAAUAUUUUCUAGAUUAUUUUGAAUAUAUUGAUACAUUCAAAUAUAUUUGUGUUAAAUAAUUCUUAAGACUUAUUAAAUAAUAUAUUUUUAUUUUACUCCAUUUUAAAAAUAGUAUCUCAAUCUUCAUAACUUUUAAGUAUUUUUAGAUGAAUAAAACUAAUUUUAUAUCAAAAUUCUAGUGAAACUAUUGAUUUUCAUAAUUGUAUUAAAAUCAUAAUUAAUUAAAAUAAUCUCAGUAUAAUGAUUUCUUUUAUCACAUUUUACAAUGAUAUAAUUAAUUGUAUAAAUAUCUUUAUUUUUAUUAAAAACCAGCUGCCUUGUUUGUGCCAAUUUUAAUUUUUUUUAUCCAUAUUUCUUUUUGAUUUUGACCAUAUCAGUAAUAAAUAAAAACAAAAAGGUGAAAAAUAGAUAUUCCACCUUUGGUGGAUUAAAUGUAUUCUAUUAUGGCAUAUAUUUUUAAAUUUUAAAUUACUAUUUGCUUUAAGUAUUAAAUGUUUCUGGAUACACCACAUUAAGUGUUUCACUUUCUUGGGCCAGCACAAAUACAUUUUUUUGCAUGUAACACGUAAUAGAGCCACGUAAAAUUGACCAUAGGAAAAACAUUGAAUGGUUAGGUCUAAAUCUGCAACAUUUAAUGUUUGACCUUGUGCCUUAUUGAUAGUCAUUGAAAAAUAUAAUUUUACGGGAAAUUGGAGCCAUUUAAACCUGGAAUAGUGAUUUGGUGAUAUCAUUGGUAUUCUAGGAACCAAAACCUUUUCCCCAACUAUAUAGCCAGUAAGAAUCAUACACUCAAGCAUACAAUUUUUUAAAGAUUUUAUUUGAAAUCUUGUGCCGUUAAAUAAUUUUGGUGGACAUAAGUUUCGGAGUAGUAUUAUUGGAAAAGCGCCUUUAGAGUUAAUUUAUGUGAUGGAGUCUCAGGAGGGGUUAAAGAAUUUAAAAAUUCAGUUGGAUAAUGUACUGCCUCUUCUAUCACUAGUAGUAUCAACUGAAUAGUAAAUUUUUGUUGGUGCAUUGAAUUUUAACAGUACUGUGUCAUUUAUUUUAUUGACUUGCUUAUUAGUUGAUGAUAGUAUUGCUCUUUCCUGAAACCAACUUAAAGUCUUAAUAGAAAUUUUUACAGUUUUAUUGCAUAAUAUGGCACAGAUCUUUAUAAUUAUUUUUAUUAAUAUUAAUUACCAUAGAUAUGUUUUGACUAACCUUUUCAAUUUUUUUUUAUUUCAUUCGUGUUACUAAGGUAUUCCAAAUAAAUAAAUAAUAAUAAUAAUAAUACUCAAAAACUGAAUUUUAGGGGAUGGUUUUCAAUAGAGGAUAGAUGUCAAUAGUUAUAAACCUUCCUCAACUAAUCACCUAUCCAACAAUGAAAUCGCAUCGAAAUCCAUUUAAUCGUUUCGGAGUUAAUCCUGAACAAAAGAAGCGACUUUAUUUUAUACUAUGUAUUGAUUUGAUUAAUACACAAUUUAACAUUGUUAACUAUAUAUGUAUAAUCAUUUUUACAAAAAACACAAUAUCAAAAUAUAAUAUAUUAAUUGUAUUGUUAAUUAAUAAACUUUAUGCAAUAUGAAUUUUGAAGUAAUAUAAGUUAUAAAGUGCAUAAAGACUUGUAACUCAGCACAUAAUUUAGCAAUACUAAAAUAAUAGAAAAAAUAUAUAUUUAAAGUAUUUAUGUAUAUGUAUUUAUAUAUUUCUUAAAUAUAUUUUUGUAUUUAGAAUAAAGAAUUUAAAGAACACAGUUCAACAAAUUCAAAAAAUAAAAAUUUAGAAACAUCAAAAAUUGUUAAUCAAAAGACAAAAGUAUUAGAAAAAACUAAAUCUCAAGAGAAAAAAUUAAAAGAUAACGUCGAUCAAGAUCCACAAAAAACAUUUCAAAAAUCUAAUAGUGAAGAUUCAAUAAUUGUUAAAAAAAAUGAACCAAUUAAUGUAGAGCCGGAUGUAAUAAAACAAUCAUACUUAGAAUUUGCUGUAAAAUCAGAUGAUGAAGAUGUGACAAAUUUUGUUGAUAAUCAUAAAACUGAGUAAUUUAGAAGUUUAACGACAUUAUUUCAUGUUUUUAAAUAAUAAACUAAUUGUAUUGUUUAGAUUAUCCAGCGAUGACCAAUCUCAAUUAACAAAUAAACAAACUUUAGAAAAAGAAGACUCUGAAUCAGCAGAAAAAUCUAAUCAAGAAGAAAAUCAACUUCGCAAAUUAAGUGAAACAUUUAACAUAAGUAAACCUAUAAGGCCAAAAAGUUCUAGACCUCCAGCACCUAAUCGACGCCCUCAGUCAAAUACAUAUGCUGAGUGAAUAAUUUUCAUAUUCAUUAGUUUUUUUUUUAAUAAUUGGAAUAUAUUUUAAAAUUUGUAUGAUUAUAAUAAUGUUUUAGGAUUCCUAAAUAUUCUGACAGCUUUUUUACAAAAAAUGAUGACAAAAUAAAUGAUAUUGAUGAUAAUGUUGUUACAAUUGAAGUAAUGAAUGAAAAUAAAUCUUAUGAUUCCUUUACUCAGGUAGCAUAAUGGUUUUUUAAUAGUAUUAAUUUAUAAAUAAAUAUUUUAAUAAUACAACUUAUUUAUGUUUGUUUUUAGGGAGAAGGACAAGGUCACCUUGUAUCACAAAUACUACAAACACAAUCGGAAUUUAAUAUAAAAAACAAAACUAACUCUUCAAAAAUAGUUAAUUCAAAUUAUUUUAUUUUAUUUUUUUCUCUAAUACAAAUAUGUUAAUGAAUUUAAUCUAAUAGGAGUGGGAAGGGAAGAAUAUUAAAGAUCAAGAGAUGUUAAUAAAGGAAAUGGAUACAAUCAGGAAAUUUAUACAGGAUAUAACUAAAUCUGCAAAUCCAUUGAGUAAACUAAUUAAUAAUAUGCAAGAAAAUAUUGACCAAAUGAAUCGAGAAUUGAAUUAUUGGAAACAUUUUACUGAAAAAACUAAUGAACAACUCGAUUUACAAAAACAGUAAAAUAUUUUACAUUAGAGAUUUGACUUAAAAAUAUAUUUAAUUCUUUAGCAAUUUCAAUUUUUAAUAGGAUAUCUGAUGAAAAAAUAAAGCCAAUGAUUAUUUUAGUAGACAAAUUAAAGACCGAUAUUACAGAUGAAUUGGGCAUGAUGGAUUAUUGCAAAGCAAAUAUUAUGAAGAAUAAAUCACAUAUUAAUUAUUUAGUGUCAGAAAGAUUUACAUUAAACAAAUAA